ACCCCCGAGAGAGAGGGGGAGAGAGAAAGGGGGGAGUGGAAAGGAAACGGAAAAGACGAAUACGCACACAAUCGCCCUAAUUUCAAAACCCCGAGCUGUGCAGAAGAAAGGACAAACUCGCGGACAAAUUUUUCACUUGUAACCACCUAUUUAUUUGUCAAUCUACCCUCCUUUUUACUUUUCCGUUUUAUCUGUCCUAAUUAUCAGUCGGUGGUAGAUUGAACUCCCCUGCUCUACUUAGUAAAAGGUCCCAGUGUUCGCUGGAGCAGAGAUGCCCCCCCAGCCGGAGGUGAGCACACAUUUCCGGGACUUCCUCAAGAGUUUUCUCGGCAUCAUCCGAAUUCUCCAAAUCCUAUUCGGAGCUGGACUAUGGGUCACAAUCGCCGCCAACAAAUACGAAGGCUCCAUCCACUUCGUUCUGUUCGUGGCAGUCCUCUUCUGGCUCCUCACCCUCGCCGCCUUCUUCAUUACUCUCUUGGACAAGAAGGACCUCGUCCCCAUCUUGGGAGGGGACCGGUGGUUGCUUAGCAACCUUGUUCACGACAUCGCGGCCGCGGUGCUGUAUCUACCGGCGAUCGGCGUCAUGAUCUACAAAACGGAGCGGUACGCAUACUGCAACCUGGAGCAAUACAAACACAACUGCCUGUAUAAAGUCUACCUGGCUGCCGCCGUGUUCGCAUGUCUGGGCGCUGUGGUGUAUCUUGUCUCCGCGGUGUAUAUGGGCUGUAGGAAGUGCCGGGGUGAGCAGACGGUGGUUUGAGAGAGAGAGAAGGGAGGACAGAGGGGAACAGAGUGAGGGAUAGGGCGGAGGACUGGUGGAGGGAGGCAAGAGCUUUCCCUGGAUAGGGGAGAGGACACGGGUGGAGAGGGGUAUUUUAUGUCCUCCAAAACUGAGUGUCUUCUUGGCUCAAACUCCUACAGCUUUACUCAUUUCAGUCACUAUUACUGUACCUAUGAAGAGGUGGCAAUAAAUCAUUCUUCAACACUACAGUAGCCAUACCGGAUGUAUCUGUCUGCUGAGCUUAAGAAGGGGACUCUUUAGCGAGAGUAGAACAGUAAAAAGACACUCAACAAUGAAUGCAUCCUCUAAGAGUACAAGAUAUCCAGUCGGCUCUACUCUUUUGCACAUGUCCAAAGCAAAUGGCAGCUUCGGAAUGUAGGGGCCUUGCAAGCAGGUCAGAGGUCAGAGUGUUCUCUUCAUCUAAGUCAUCAAGAUGUCAGCUUCGGAACGUAAGGGCCUUACAACCAGGUCAGAGGUCAGAGUGUUCUCUUCAUCUAAAUCAUUAAGAUGCCCCUGCAAGUCUACAGCAAGCUUGGCUGCAUUAGAAGCUGAUCAUCAUGCACAGCAAGAGCAUCAUACUAGAGGUGAAGGUUAAGAAAGCCCAGCUUAAAGUGGAGGAAACCCAUAAGGAGGCCACAAUAGAGGCUCUUCAGCAUGAAAAGGAGGCAGAGACAGCCUUAGCUGAGGCUAAUGUGUUUGAGGCAGCAGCAGAUGCAGAAUACCAAAUUAUGGACUUUAUUGUGGAUGUUGUCCUAUUCCUCCAAUAGAGUUUCAGACACUUGAAGUUUAUUUCCAAAAUGCUAUAUCCACAUAUUUGUGUUUUUUCAUCAGAAAUUAUAUAUUUUUUCCCCUUUUUCGUGAUAUCCAAUCCAGUUACAGUCUUGUACCAUUGCUGCAACUCCCAUCUGACCAAAGAGAGGCGGAAGUCGUGAGCCGUGCGUCCUCCAAAACACGACCUGCCAAGCCGCACUGCUUCUUGACACAAUGCUCGCUUAACCCAGAAGUCAGCCUCACAUAUGUGUCAGAGGAAAUACUGUACACCUGGUGACCGCAGGGCCAAUUGCCUUAGACCGCUACGCCACUCGGGAGGCCAGAAAUGAUUUCUUAUGUGUGUGUAAAAUAUGACUGUUUUCAGAUUUUUUAUUAUUAGAUUUUAGAUGUGUAAUUUUUUGCAAAACUCUAUUUAUCUAUUGUUUAGCUGGAAUGGAAUGUUCGUAUCCUGUAUAUCUGACUGUGAUAUGUGGUUGUCUCACCUAGCUAUCUUAAGAGGAAUGCACUUACUGUAAGUUACUCUGGAUAAGAGCAUCUGCUAAAUGUCCAACGUAAAUGUUUUACAUACAAAUAACCCUUUGAGCCCUCCAAUGAUUCUUUGCAGUUAAACAAAUUGUUAUUUCAUAUUUUAGUGAUGAUUAAAAUAUAGGAGUGGCGGCUCAUUCUAAUAUUUUGGGGCGUGGUUUGGUCACUGCUUUUUUUGUGCAACAGUGAGUGAGAGGGUCAAUCCAGUUUAUCUCAUCUGUUGUGUUAUGCUCUGAGAUGUAAUUUAUGACAAUGGUCAGUGACAUUGUCUUGUGAAAGACUUACGUAUGGCCUUGUGCCAAUUGAGAACGGUUGACUAAGUCAGUAGUUCUUAAUUCUCUUCUCAGGGAAUCCAAACCAUUCCAGAGCUAGCACACCUGAUUCAACUUGUUAAUAAACACAACAAUAGAAAUAUGGAAUUUUAACAAUAUAAUAUCGCUACUGAACCAGAAUAAAAAACCCUGAAUGUUCUACAAAGAACCGUUGAGAUUUAGAAUGGUUCUAUAGAGAAAGGUUGAGAUCAAGAAUGUUUCUUCAAAGAACCGUUGAGAUUGAGGUUGGUUCUAUAAAGAACCUUUGAGAUUGAGAAUGGUUCUAUAAAGAACCUUUGAGAUUGAGAAUGGUUCUAUAAAGGACUGUUGAGAUUGAGAAUGGUUCUAUAAAGAACCUUUGAGAUUGAGAAUGGUUCUAUAAAGAACCUUUGAGAUUGAGAAUGGUUCUAUAAAGGACUGUUGAGAUUGAGAAUGGUUCUGUAAAGAACCGUUGAGAUUGAGAAUGGUUCUAUAAAGGACUGUUGAGAUUGAGAAUGGUUCUAUAAAGAACCAUUGAGAUUGAGAAUGGUUCUAUAAAGAACCUUUGAGAUUGAGAAUGGUUCUAUAAAGGACUGUUGAGAUUGAGAAUGGUUCUGUAAAGAACCAUUGAGAUUGAGAAUGGUUCUAUAAAGAACUGUUGAGAUUGAGAAUGGUUCUGUAAAGAACGUUUGAGAUUGAGAAUGGUUCUAUAAAGAACUGUUGAGAUUGAGAAUGGUUCUGUAAAGAACGUUUGAGAUUGAGAAUGGUUCUAUAAAGGACUGUUGAGAUUGAGAAUGGUUCUGUAAAGAACCGUUGAGAUUGAGAAUGGUUCUGUAAAGGACUGUUGAGAUUGAGAAUGGUUCUGUAAAGAACCGUUGAGAUUGAGAAUUGUUCUAUAAAGAACCAUAAAAAGGGUCCUAUAUAGCCCCAAAAAGGGUUUUAUAAACUGGGUAGUUCGAGCACUGAAUGCUGAUUGGCUGACAGCCGUGGUAUAUCAGACCGGAUACCAUGGGCAUUACAAAAAAUUUCUUUUUAAUGCUCUAAAAUGCUCUUUAUAAUAGCAAUAAGGCGGUAUUGUGGUAUAUGGCCAAUAUACGACGGCUAAGGGUUGUGUCCAGGCACUCUACAAUGUGUCGUGUCUAAGAACAGCUCUUGGCCGUGGUAUAUUGGACCUAUACGACAAAACCCAGAGGUGCCUUAUUGCUAUUAUAAACUGGUUGUUUCUAGUUUGACGAGCUGUUUUCAGCAACGGAUAUUUUUUAUCCAGUUGUCAUAUUGUCAGGUUUGCUAGCAACAAACUAUUUAGCUAGCUUCUAGCCUGGUGUUUGAUAUGCAAUGUGAUCUCCUUGUAAUGAACAAUCAAGUGUCCUGACGAGAAGGCAAACUUUUCUAGCUAUGACAGGCAAAAUCGGCAUAUCAGCUCAUUGUUAUGGAUAUAUCCAAAUUAAUGUCAAUAGCAGUGGAGGUUGCUAAGGGGAGAACGGCUCAUAAUAAUGGCUGGAACAGAACUAAUGGAAUGGCAUCACACACCUGGAAACCACGCCUUUGAUGUAUUUGAUACCAUUCCACCUAUUCCACUUCAGCCAUUACCAUGAGCACAUCCUCCCCAAUAAAUGUGCCACCAACCUCCUGUGGUCAUUUGGAAAACAGUUACUUUGCUAUUUAUUCUGGCUGCAGAAUAACCCCAAAGGGAUAUAAACGGUGCCAUAUAGAACGAACAACUGGACCACGUCCAUAAAUAUCGAACUAAUCGAACAAACGACUGGGUCGUGUCUCUAUCCACCAAAAGAUAUGAAAGUAUGAAUUUAUAAACUUAUAAAAAAUAAAUUAGUAAAAAAAAUAAGGAUUAAUAUCAGUAAAUGUGUGCUUUCAUAUUGUUUUCUUUGGCAACUGUGCUAUAAUCGGGAUAAACAGCUUAAACAAACGUAAUGGAGGUAGAGGUUGUGACUGUGUAGCUAGUUGGCUAGUUAGCAGCAAGCAAGGGAUAAGAACGUGGCCACUUAGCAUGGCAAUGGAACAUAAAGAACGAACAACUGGGUCACGUCUCUAGCACCCAAAAGAUGAGAAAGAAUGAAUUUGCUCAUAAACAUGAAAUUAUUCUACCGGUAAAUGUGUGCUUUCCUAUUGUUUUCUUUGGCAACAAAUGGGAUAAAUUCCUCCGUUCUGUACAUUACCUUGGACACAUUUGCGUUGUCCAUUAUUUCCAAUGUAGUGUUUAUCCCUUACUGAUAGAACCCUUGGAAAUGGUUAUUUAAGGCACCAUACAGGUUCCAUUUUGAACCUUAUGACCAUGGUUAUUCAUAAAGCACCAUUCAUAUAGCACCAAAAAGGGUUCCGCUAUGGUUACAAGCCAAAAUACCAUUAUUUGGCACAAGAUAGAACCAUUUAUUUUUUGUGUGUUACUGUAAUGGGUUAUUAAAUAUCGAUGUUACAAAUGUAUCAUUUGUACAUUUCUUAUAAAAAAUGUAGUUAUUUGUUACAUUUAACUUUGAUUUAAUGUAAAACCUAGCAGUACUACUUAUUUCUCUGACUGUGAGGCAGUCUACAUUUAUACAUGUAGAGUAUAAAGCAAAAAAAUAUUAUUAUUUGUUUCUCUGAAACAAGGCAAGGAUGGAAGGAGAGAAGAAGAGAGCAGAGAAGAGAUAUGGAGAAGAGGAGAGACCAACAUGCAGAAGAGAGAGAAGAAGGAGAGGAGAAGAAGGUGGGAGAGGAGAGAGGGAGGGGAGUACAGUAGAUAAGAACUCUGUAUGUAUUGUAUGAUGGACAGUAGAAGCUGGAUGAAGGCUUUAAAUAAUGUGAUCUGAGAGCAGUGUGUCCCUAUAGCAUUGUAAUUACAGUAGAGCACUGCAAUUAGUGAAAUGAUAUAUACAGUACAUGCUCCCUGUGCACUCUUAUAAUAAUCACACACACACACUCUAACUCUACACUUUACUCAAGGUCUUCAGAGGCUGUGAAACACAAUACUGCGGCAAGUCUCUCAUUGGAAUUCUUUCCUCUGUGUCAGUGUGUGCCUUUGUUCUUAUGGUCACUGACUGCUGUACGGUUCAGCCUCUGUCUGUCUGUCUGUCUGUCUGUCUGUCUGUCUGUCUGUCUGUCUGUCUGUCUGUCUGUCUGUCUGUCUGUCUGUCUGUCUAAUACCAGCAUGCAAUGAUCAGAUUUUUGCUAACCGAUCGCUGCCUGCACCUGCCCGCCCGUGCAGCAUCACUACUCUGGACGGUUCUGACUUAGAAUAUGUGGACAACUACAAAUACCUAAGUGUCUGGUUAGACUGUAAACUCUCCUUCCAGACUCACAUCAAACAUCUCCAAUCCAAAGUUAAAUCUAGAAUCGGCUUCCUAUUUCACAACAAAGCAUCCUUCACUCAUGCUGCCAAACAUACCCUCGUAAAACUGACCAUCCUACCGAUCCUCGACUUCGGCGAUGUCAUUUACAAAAUAGCCUCCAAUACUCUACUCAAUAAAUUGGAUGCAGUCCAUCACAGUGCCAUCCGUUUUGUCACCAAAGCCCCAUACACUACCCACCACUGCGACCUGUACGCUCACGUUGGCUGGCCCUCGCUUCAUACUCGUCGCCAAACCCACUGAAAACGUUUGACCUCUGUCAUUGCCAACAAAGGGUAUAUAACAAAGUAUUGAGAUAAACUUUUGUUAUUGACCAAAUACUUAUUUUCCACCAUAAUUUGCAAAUAAAUUCAUCAAAAAUCCUACAAUGUGAUUUUCUGGAUUUUUUUCCCUCAUUUUGUCUGUCAUAGAUGAAGUGUACCUAUGAUGAAAAUUACAGGCCUCUCUCAUCUUUUUAAGUGGGAGAACUUGCACAAUUGGUGGCUGACUAAAUACUUUUUUGCCCCACUGUAUAUAUACUUAUUUUUCUACUGUAUUAUUGACUGUAUGUUUGUUUUAACUCCAUGUGUAACUCUGUGUUGUUGUAUGUGUCGAACUGCUUUGCUUUAUCUUGGCCAGGUCGCAAUUGUAAAUGAGAACUUGUUCUCAACUUGCCUACCUGGUUAAAUAAA